AUGUCUUUAGAUCAGUCUGGAGGGUAUCCUCUUCGCCGAAACAACUCCUGCAGCGCGGGAGAGUCAGUGUGUGGUCGGACGUGGGGAACUUUUCAUGCUUGUUGCCCCGGAAAUUUUCAAUGCUUGGACUCGAACUCCACCAAGAUCAAAAAUUUUAUUUGCUGCCCUGACCAACUGAAUUGCACAGAUGUUCUUGCAGAGCACCCGACUUGCGCGAAUACAAGCUGGGACCUUUACAAUUCAACGGGUUAUUUCUGUUGUGAGCCCAAACAUGCUGGGUUUUCUGUCGAAGGCACUUUUUCGGUCGGCUGUCUCGAUCCAGGUGCUGCUCGCAACUUAUCCUAUAAUGCAUUAAUACCGAGUUCUACAGGUGCUCCUUCCACCACUCCAACUUCCACAUCUGCUAGUACCCCCACAUCAUCUUUAGACGCCGAGUCUAGUACCUCGGUUCACUCAUCACGAAAUAAUACAGGGGCUAUAGCCGGUGGUGUGGUCGGUGGCGUUGCCGGGGCAGCCGCACUUAUUGCGGCCCUCUAUUUUCUGAUUCGCUAUCGUAAACGACAACAGCCACAGCAGCAAUCGCAGUCUCUCACGCCCCCUUCAUCAUUACCUGGGUAUGCGCUCGAGAAAGACGCCUCCCAACCGAAAGAAAUAGAUGAUAGACUCAUGGUAGCGGAAUUAUCAGAGUCUGGUGGCCAUUCAGGCAAUGUGCGUUAUGAGCUGCCGACAGCCAGUUGA